GCAAACGAGCCAAGAGACGCCGAGUCCACCGCGUCCUCCCACGCACGCUGGACGCUUCCCCUCAGGAUGCUGCUGCGCCUUCCGGCCGCCCGCCCCGCACCGUCCGCAGCUCGAUGGAGGCUGGAGCGGGUGCGGGCCCGGCCGGCAAAGCUGCCCCGCCGAGGGCACGCCGCCGCUUCCUCGGCUGACGCCACCGGAGCGCCGCUCCACUACGACCCGUUGGCCGACCUUCUCGGCCCAGAUGUCGGCCCCAGCCCAUCGCAGAAUACUGCCCCGGUUGCCGAGAAGGGGAAGCUGAGAUCCUGGGUUGGUCCAAAUGGGCAAUACUAUCGAGAGCUGCCUUGCCCUAACUGUAGGGGUAGGGGAUACACCCCUUGCAAAAAGUGCGGGAUAGAUAGAUCCAGCUUGGACUGCUCUAUGUGCAAUGGCAAGGGGAUUAGGAUGUGUACGCAAUGUGGUGGAGAAUGUGUGAUAUGGCAAGAAUCUAUUGAUGAACAACCAUGGGAGGAAGUUCGGUCUAGUUCUCCCUUGAAAGUAAAGGAAGAUGAUGAAGUCGACAAACUAGAGAUAAAGAUCAACACCUCAAAAAGAUCGAAGCGUACUUAUCCAUCACCAUCCCCGGAAGUUGCCAUGAAGAUUAGCCGGUCUUUAAGAAGUCUGAAUGCUAAAACAGGAUUGUUUACUAAGCACAUGAAGAUUAUACACCAAGAUGCCAAAUUGCAUGCUCAAAGAGUUGCUGCGAUUAAGAGAACAAAAGGUACUGCUGCAGCAAGAAAUCAUGCUUCUGAAAAACAAAAGGUAUUCUUCAGGGAUCCUGAGAAUCGGUUCAAGAGAAGCAUUGCCAUGAAAGGGGUGAAAUUUUACUGCAGUAAAUGCGGGGAAGAAGGACAUAGAAGCUUCUAUUGCCCAACAGUGAGGGAAAUUUCAGCCAGAGUGCAAUUCAGAUGCCGGUUAUGUGGGGGAAAGGGACAUAAUAGCCGAACAUGUGGAAACCCAAAGUCAGAGAAUGAACAUGAGCGCCAACCUCGGCACUGCAGCCAAUGCGGUGAAAAGGGUCACAACCGUCGGAACUGCCCUGGGUUACCGCAACAGAGUAUUAAGAAAGUUAACCGUGCUAAUUCAGGUAUUUAUUCAUGUAGCUUCUGCAAAGAGAAGGGGCAUAAUAGACGGACAUGUCCGAAAAGAAAUGCUAGCUUAGGAUAAUGAAACUGUGAGCAGUUGGAAAAAUAUAUAUACCAAGCUGCAUUUCGAUCA